ACCGUAUUUUUCUAGACGCAGCUGACGAUGUAAACAAGAAGAGACUGUCGAGGGCAACGGGGACCAAACAGGCCGGUGUCAACGCAAAUGAUAGCCAUUAUCUGCUCCUAGACGGCGGACAUGGGGCCCCCUGUUACUAUUAAAGUCAAUUUCCGUGGGAAUGUGAAGAGAUUCCUGGCUCAGGAUUUGGACAAACUGGAAUGGGAAUCGGUCGAAGCCUGGAUUAAAGCGUCUUUUGGGAUCAGCCACUUUCAAGUAAAAUAUUUUGACGAGGACAACGAAGAGAUAUGCAUCAACAGUCAAGAUGAAUAUGAAGAAGCCAUCAAGAGUGCAGAGAAGCAGGGGAACCAGUUGCACAUGAAUGUGUACAAGAUGAAAGGACAGGCCUGUGGAGGCCCACUGAAGACAGAGGUGAAGGAGCUGAAAGGAGACCUCCGGCCUGCUCCCCCUUACCCCUCCAGGGUCAAGACUGUUGACAAGGGCACACAGGUCACCCCAGAGAGAGAAGCUGUGACAGUAAAGGACAACAAGGGGAACAAACCUGAAGAUGAGCCCCCUCCCAUGUGGUUUAGAUCAUACAUGGAAAGGUUUAAAGACGAGGUGGUGAAAGAGGUAGUCGAAAGGAUGUGCAGCGACUUCUCUGGCCAGUGUUGCACCCACAAAUCCUCUGAUAGGCCCCAUGAGACAAUUGAGGCUAGUGGUGGACCUGUAGGGCCCAGGCCGGGCCCCUCGACCUCGAAUGGCUCCCUUGGCUACACCCCAAACUGCAGCAGUUGCAACAAACUCACCUCUGAGGGGGCUUACAAGUGCAGUGUCUGUCCAUCCUGCAUCCUGUGUGAAAUGUGCCGACACAGCCACGACCCCAGCCACAACCUUGUUAGAACCAAGACACCUCUUUCCAUCCCCGAGCACGGAAUGUCAGGAGAGUUGAGGUUCCCAAGGCGAGGAGACAGGACAGUGCGCAAGGCCGAGCGACAGCGCCUCAAAGCAGAAAGGAGGCAGCUAAGAGCUGAAGUCAAGGAAAUCAAGAAGAAACUGAGACUGGAGAAGAGGGGGCUGCAGUGGAGUGGACCCUCUACCUCAGGCAGAGCCAACCUGACAAACAUGGCCACAGCGUCCACCCAGGUCCCAGCCCUGCCCCCACAUGCUGACUCAGAAACAGCCUCAGGUCCAGCCCCAGCCCAUGGUCCCAUCCCUGCCCCGGUCCCUGAUCCCCAGGCCUCCAGUCCAGAGGGUCCCGAGGUCUCGCACUCGUCCUUGGUGCCCACUAUGGCUGCCUUGUUUCUGGAUGAAAAUCUGCCUGACGGCACCCGUCUGGAGCCUGGUACCAAGUUCAUCAAAUACUGGAAGAUGAGGAACUCGGGCACUAUCAGCUGGACCUCAGAGACUAAGCUAGUGUUCAUGUGGGGAAACCUCGGCCUGGCGUCGGAGAAGAAGCGGGAGGUGCCGGUCCCCUUGCUGCUCCCCGGACAAGUGGGAGUAGUCAGUGUGGCCUUUGUCGCGCCUGUGAUGGAGGGGACCUACACCUCCCACUGGCGGCUGGCACACUGCGGGUGCCAGUUUGGCCCGCGUGUGUGGUGCAGCAUCGUGGUUGAUCCUGGAAAUAGCCGCACCAUGGUCGAGCAACCGAGGAAAAAACUGGAGGAGGUAAGGCUGGUGGAGAAAGAGAGGGAGCUCAGGUCUGUAGACAUCAGCCAUGACGACUACUACUUCCCCUCAGUCGACCUGCUGACUGCACAGGAUCUACUGUCGUUUGAGUUGUUGGAUAUAAAUAUAGUGCAAGAGCUGGAGAAAGUCCCUAACAACACUCCUGUUGAUUUGACACCCUGUAUAUCCCCUCUGCCCCAUGAUCCACCGACAUGGGAGAAGACCAUCACUUUACCAACAAAAGAAGGCACAGAGGUCACAGGAGUGAAACAGAGACAGCAGAAGGACUUAUCAGAGUCGAUGACUCAGGAGGAAGAAAGAGAAGAGGAGAUCAGUGGAGCCCAGUUCCUGUUUGAGACGGUCAUUCGCUCCCUCACCUUGGAGGAAGCCCCCGACCACAGACCUCUGCGCAGAGCUCAUCACAGCAAUCACAAACCACAGACUGUUUUCCGUGGGCCAAGCAUUUGCAUUGAGAGAGAGGUGGAAGCUGAGAAGACGGGAGGGAAGCAAGAAGCAAACGAGGAGAUCUGUGCCGUUACACUCGAGAGUUCAGCUCACAACGCAAGUCUCAACCAGAUCGGCCAAGAGGUGGAGACAGGCCAAGCUCUUCUCCAAGAACCAGUGACUGAAGACAUGUAUAUCAGCUCACAUGAUAAGGAGGAUGAAGAAGCUAUGGUUUUGGAUGACAUUAAGGUUACACAAGAAGAGAGAGAGGAGGGAAGAACCAAAGGAGAAGACUGGGAUGAGGUCAGCAGCCAGACCUCCUCAGUCUCCUCCUGCGACGACUACAUCAUCGUCCUUCCUGACUGCUUUGACACGAGCCGUCCUCUGGGGGAGUCCAUGUACAGCUCUGCCAUGUCUCAGCCUGACACCGCCGCCGUGGAUGCAGCUGCCGCAGUGACGUCAGCCAGUCCUGACGUGGAGGAGGAGGAGGGAGAAGAGGACUCAGACUCCGAGUCGGGCAGGACGGCUCUGCCGAGAGAGACGCAGGAGAGGAUGGAGGUGGUUGCUCCUGAGGAUUCAGCGGGUCCACCCAUCCCACCCAUCCACAGCAGCGUGAACCAGAUGCUGUGUGCAUCGCAAACUCUGGACGCCGUGACGCUCACCCCUGAAGUGGUGACACCGCCGAUUCUUCUUGACCCCCUGCUGUCCCCACCAGCCCUCUACUCACCCAGGUCGGAGGCACUGUACUUGGCUGAGGACCCCAGUCCUCCAGCCUGUGAACCACAUGAGCCUCACCAACCAAGGGUCCAUCUAAACGUGUCAUCUGGUCUGUCCAGAUCAGCAGGCUCAGCAUCCAGUGCCUUUGAGACAUACAACCCCAGACCCAGCAACGCACUGCAGCCAAGGGGCCAAGGAGGCAUCACUGAGGGAUUUGUCAAGGGGGCUCUUUCUGUGGCAGCAUCUGCCUAUAAGGCUCUUUUCACUGGACCAAACUGUCAAAUACAGCGAGGCAUCGACCCAGCCACCAGACAGGACCCCUCAUUGAUGGCAAUGCUGUUGGAGAUGGGCUUCAGAGACCAACGGCUCAACCAGCGGCUGCUGAGGAAGCACAGCUACAGCCUGCUGCACACUGUCAACGAGCUGGUGCAGAUGGCCGAGGAAGGUCAGAAUGGAGCCGCCAAUGCUCUGCAAUGAGGGGAGCUGUGACAAAACAACCUGUGAGGUUGUUGAGAUACGGAGACAUCGGAAGCAUUUUAUUGGACUUUUAAACACUCGACGGACCUGGUAAUUGCUUACACUUUCCAUGUGUCUGGAGUUAUUUUGAGUUAUUAAAGAAGAGACAAAGAAAAGCUAUUUAUGAUUCGUGCAUCCAAUUGAUCUUAUCAAAGGGUGGAGAGUUUAUUUAGACCAAUAGUCAAGAAUGUUAUUUGAAAUGUUAAAGGAAAAAAAAACAACUGAAAUAUAAGCACUUAUUUCAUAUUCACUGCUGUUUAGAAACGAAACAAGCAUUCAUGAAUGGCUUCUCCUUCCUUUGCCUAUAAAUUAGCUUUGAGAUUUUGACCAAAUUAAUCUCAUAUAUACACGUGAUUAUCUAUACACACACGUACGCACACACAAACCUGUAAAUUGUUAUGGAUAGUGGUUAAUGUUUGCCAUGCCUUGUUUACCUGGGCCACAGAGCUUUAUUGUGUUGGUCAUAAGGAUCUAGAAGAUGUAGUUUUGUCAGGAUUAAAACAAACAAAAAAGUGUGUAAUUCAGCUUCUUCAUCUUAGUGUUUGUAUGGCUGUUGUAGCUGCUUCCUCCGCGCUGCUUCCUUGUCAGGGUUUGGCUAGAGUCUCCUCGAAAAUAGAGCAGUAAAAGUGAAUAUUGUUGAAUGUCAUAAAGAGGUAGAAAAGCCAGCUGUUGUUUAAGGCGAUGUUACUGAAGCUACAUUUAUAUUGUGGGUGUUUAGGGGCCAGCGGUGCAGUUGCAGGAAACCACAAACACACACAUUUCUGACUCUCUAUCUCGAUUAAUGUCACGAAAAUCUGCCUAAACAAUGCAAUCUUUUUUCUGUAUCAGAGUACUGUUAUUUUAGACGUUGACAUGUGGAAUGUAACUGUCCGGACGGAUCACUGUUUGGGCUCCGAUGUUUUCUACCGCUUUUUAGGAGACACCUGCAUGACAGGUAGAGGCUUUAAAGAUGAUUCGUGUCCUUGUGUCUUAGCACAGUCACAGUUGAAGACGUCCGCUUCGUGUAAAUCGUUUGACACACCCCCCUCCCCCUUUCCCCCGCCUGCAUUUACCACGCGUCAUCUUUCCAGAACCGAUAUAACCAACACUAAUCCAAGCCUAGAUGUCUCUAACAACACAUUCCAUAAUCCCGUGGUGGAACCAAGUAUACCUUGUUUCGUUUAAAAAAUUGCCUUUUUGUGAAAGAGGAUUUGUAGUUAGUUGAAAUAAGCAUAUGAUGGUUUGACAUUGUUUGAUGAGUGUGUGUCGAUUUAAGUUAAUGUCAGUUGCUGUUAGGUUGAAUUGUUUCCGCGUGUGUGUGUGUGUGUGCGGUUAAGGAUUUUUGAACCAUGUCUUUCUUAUGUUGAUGAUUUUACCGUGAUUUAAAGAAUCUGAGAAAUUCUUAAUCUAUCAUCUAUGCUAUUCUUCAGAGUGUAUAUCUUCAAAAAAAAAAAAAACCCUCUACUGUCAAUCUGCCAAUAAAAUAUUUGCACAUC